GAGGAACUUCCUCUUCCAGAUGACUUCAUGGAAGGAAGGUGGAGUGCAGAGCGGCUUUUGUGCUCUUGCGAGGGUCGAAGCAGCAGCUAGCAGACAAAGAGGAUGGCAAUAAGAGCACUCGGGACAACUGUAAAUAACAAGCAACAUUGAGAAGGGAAGAAAAUCAAGCCAGAAAUCAAAUAUUUUCCAUUUCCUUCAGAAAACUACACAAUUCUCCUCUUCCAACAGCUGUUAGACAAAAGAGAGAAAAUCAAGAAAGAAUAAACAGAUUAUGCAGAACUGAAGGAUACAUUACAUGAAAAGUGAAGGGAGAUUAUUUAUCAUUCAGAAAAAGAGGGAAAUAUCUGGAGGUCACUGGGGAGGAAAAGGUAAAGUAAAGUCACGUAGAGCAGACAGUAAUUCAAGCCUCUCCCUGUGAGGAAGAAAACGGCUUGAAUGAAAGCACCACUAAACAAGGCAUUGUCCAUAUUUUAUCUCCUCAAGAAUAUCAUGUGUGGAAAAGCUCCAUAGAUUUGUCUAUUGUGGGAAAAACACAUAUUGCAAAUCACAGCUGAUGAUGCACAAGAGGAGCCAGAGAGGAGAAAAAUCAUACAAAUUACCUGAAUGUGGCAAAAGUUUUGGUCACAACAGCUUCCUUGUGGUUCAUGGAAGCACCCAGACACAAGAGGGAAGCCAGUAAAUGCUUUAGUGAGCAUGGCAACAUGGUGCUACAUCAGAUGACUCACAGGAGGGAGAAAACAUAUGACUGUGCAGGAAUAAAACCAUUUGAACAUCCUUUCUGUGGGAAAAGUUUCAGUGAGAAUUCCAUCCUGGUGAAGCACCCAAGGACUCACACUGAAGAGAAAACCUUUGAAUGUCCUGAUUAUGGGAAAGUCACAAUUCCAGCCUGGUGAUACACCAGAAGACUCACAUAGGACAGAAAUGUUUUGAAUGUCCUGAUUGUUGGAAAGCUUUCAGUUAUAAUUCCAACUUGGUGAUAGACCAGAGGAAUCAUAAGGAGAAAAACCCAUUCAAUAUACUGACUGUGGGAGAAGUUCUAGCUGUAAUUCCCACCUGGCAAUACGUCAGAGGAUUCAUUCCAUGGAGAAAUCUUAUGAAUGUCGAGAUUGCGGGAAAACUUUCAGUAGAAAUUAGCACCUCCUGAGACAAAACCAUGCACACAGGAGAGAAACCCUUUGAAUGUCCUAUCUGUGGGAAAGGUUUUAGAGAUAAUUCCCACCUGGUGAGACAUCAGAGAAGUCACACAGGAGAGAAACCCUUUGAAUGUCCUGAUUGUGGGAAAGGUUUUAGAGAUAAUUCCAGCCGGGUGAGACACCAGAGGACUCACACAGGAGAGAAACCCUUUGAAUGUCCUGUCUGUGGGAAAAGCUUUAGUGAUAAUUCCAGCCUGGUGAGACACCAGAGGACUCACACAGGAGAGAAACCCUUUAAAUGUCCUGAUUGUGGGAAAUGUUUUAGAGACAAUUCCCACCUGGUGACACACCAGAGGACUCACGCAGGAGAGAAACCCUUUGAAAGUCCUGAUUGUAGAAAAGGUUUUAGAGAUAAUUCUAGCCUGGUGAGACAUCAGAGGACUCACACAGGAGAAAAACCCUUUGAAUGCCCUAUCUGUGGGAAAGGUUUUAGAGAUAAUUCCCACCUGAUGACACACCAGAGGACUCACACAGGAGAGAAACCCUUUGAAUGUUGUGACUGUGGUAAACGUUACAGUCAGAAUUCCCACCUGGUGACACACCAAAGGACUCACACAGGAGAGAAACCCUUUGAAUGUCGUGACUGUGGGAAACGUUACAGACAGAAUUCCCACCUGGUGACACACCAGAGGACUCACACAGGAGAGAAACCCUUUGAAUGUCCCCUCUGUGGGAAAGGUUUUAGUGAUAAUUCCAGCCUGGUGACACACCAGAGGACUCACACAGGAGAGAAGCUCUUUGAAUGUCCCCUCUGUGGGAAAGGUUUUAGUGAUAAUUCCAGCCUGGUGAGACACCAGAGGACUCACACAGGAGAGAAACCCUUUGAAUGUCUUAUCUGUGGAAAAAGCUUUAGUGUUAAUUCCAGCCUGGUGAAACACCAGAGGACUCACACAGGAGAGAAACCCUUUGAAUGUCCUGAUUGUGGGAAAGGUUUUAGAGAUAAUUCCCACCUGGUGAAACACCAGAGGACUCACACAGGAGAGAAGCCCUUUGAAUGUCCUGAUUGUGGGAAAGGUUUUAGAGAUAAUUCCCACCUGGUGACACACCAGAGGACUCACACAGGAGAGAAGCCCUUUGAAUGUCCUAUCUGUGGGAAAGGUUUUAGUGAUAAUUCCAGCCUGGUGAAACACCAGAGGACCCACACAGGAGAGAAACCCUUUGAAUGUCUUGGCUGUGGAAAAUGUUACAGUGAAAAUUCCCACUUGGUGAGACACCAGAGGACUCACAGACAAGAGAAACCCCUGAAUGUCCUAUCUGUAGGAAAAGUUUCAGUCAGAAGAGAAAAACCCAUUCAAUAUACUGACUGUGGGAGAAGUUCUAGUUGUAAUUCCCACCUGCCAAUACAUCAGACGAUUCACUCCAUGGAGAAAUCUUAUGAAUGUCGAGAUUGUGGGAAAGCUUUCAUUACAAAUUCGCACCUCCUGAGACACAACACCAUGCACACAGGAGAGAAACCCUUUGAAUGUCCUGAUUGUGGGAAAGGUUUUAGAGAUAAUUCCAGCCUGGUGAACCACCAGAGGACUCACACAGGAGAGAAACCCUUUGAAUGUCCUGAUUGUGGAAAAGGUUUUAGAGAUAAUUCCAGCCUGGUGAAACACCAGAGGACUCACACAGGAGAGAAGCCCUUUGAAUGUCCCCUCUGUGGGAAAAGCUUUAUUGAUAAUUCCAGCCUGGUCAGACACCAGAGGACUCACACAGGAGAGAAACCCUUUGAAUGUCCUGAUUGUGGGAAAGGUUUUAGAGAUAAUUCCAGCCUGAUGAACCACCAGAGGACUCACACAGGAGAGAAACCCUUUGAAUGUCCUGAUUGUGGAAAAGGUUUUAGAGAUAAUUCCAGCCUGGUGAAACACCAGAGGACUCACACAGGAGAGAAGCCCUUUGAAUGUCCUGUCUGUGGGAAAAGCUUUAGUGAUAAUUCCAGCCUGGUCAGACACCAGAGGACUCACACAGGAGAGAAACCCUUUGAAUGUCAUGACUGUGGGAAACGUUACAGUCAGAAUUCCCACCUGGUGACACACCAGAGGACUCACACACGAGAGAAACCCUUUGAAAGUCCUGAUUGUGGGAAAGGUUUUAGAGAUAAUUCCAGCAUGGUGAGACAUCAGAGGAGUCACACAGGAGAUAAACCCUUUGAAUGUCCUAUCUGUGGGAAAGGUUUUAGAGAUAAUUUCCACCUGGUGACACACCAGAGGACUCACACAGGAGAGAAACCCUUUGAAUGUCAUGACUGUGGGAAAAGCUUUAGUGAUAAUUCCAGCCUGGUCAGACACCAGAGGACUCACACAGGAGAGAAACCCUUUGAAUGUCCUGAUUGUGGGAAAGGUUUUAGAGAUAAUUCCAGCCUGGUGAAACACCAGGGGACUCACACAGGAGAGAAACCCUUUGAAUGUACUGAUUGUGGGAAAGGUUUUAUGGAAAAUUCCAGCCUGGUGAAACACCAGAGGACUCACACAGGAGAGAAGCCCUUUGAAUGUCCUGUCUGUGGGAAAAGCUUUAGUGAUAAUUCCAGCCUGGUCAGACACCAGAGGACUCACACAGGAGAGAAACCCUUUGAAUGUCAUAACUGUGGGAAACGUUACAGUCAGAAUUCCCACCUGGUGACACACCAAAGGACUCACACACGAGAGAAACCCUUUGAAAGUCCUGAAUGUGGGAAAGGUUUUAGAAAUAAUUCCAGCAUGGUGAGACAUCAGAGGAGUCACACAGGAGAUAAACCCUUUGAAUGUCCUAUCUGUGGGAAAGGUUUUAGAGAUAAUUUCCACCUGAUGACACACCAGAGGACUCACACAGGAGAGAAACCCUUUGAAUGUCAUGACUGUGGGAAACGUUACAGUCAGAAUUCCCACCUGGUGAUACACCAGAGGACUCACACAGGAGAGAAACCCUUUGAAUGUCGUGACUGUGGGAAACGUUACAGACAGAAAUCCCACCUGGUGAAACACCAGAGGACUCACACAGGAGAGAAGCCCUUUGAAUGUCCCCUCUGUGGGAAAAGCUUUAGUGUUAAUUCCAGCCUGAUGAUACACCAGAGGACUCACACAGGAGAGAAGCCCUUUGAAUGUCCUAUCUGUGAGAAAGGUUUUAUUGAUAAUUCCAGCCUGGUGACACACCAGAGGACUCACACAGGAGAGAAACCCUUUGAAUGUCCUAUCUGUGGGAAAAGCUUUAGUGUUAAUUCCAGCCUGGUGAAACACCAGAGGACUCACACAGGAGAGAAGCCCUUUGAAUGUCCUACCUGUGGGAAAGAUUUUAGUGAUAAUUCCAGCCUGUUGAAACACCAGAGGACUCACACAGGAGAGAAACCCUUUGAAUGUCUUGAUUGUGGGAAAUGUUAAGUGAAAAUUCCCACUUGGUG